CGUUCAACAUUUGUGCAGUGCAGACGACAGUCCCGUCCAGUCACAGAUUUUCAUUCAUCAAUAAAGAGCCAGCAGUAACAGGAAGAGAAAGAGCAAGAGGAAAAGAGCAGUGACAGGAAAAGAAAGACUGGCAACAGUGACAGAAGGAGAACAAGCCGAAGGAGAGCAGCAUUCAUAAGUGCAUAAGCAGAGGAGAGAGGAGGAGAACACAACCAGGAUGGAGCGACUGUUGACCAUGUUCGAGGAGGCGGAUCCCUUCUCCACGUGGUGGCCCACGAUAGCGGCCCUCGCGGUGGGCCUCGUGAUUACAGUGCGGACCAUAAUGAGCGGCCAACGAUGUCCCAACGAUAAUCAAAUCAAGGAACAAAUUGUCGUCGUCACUGGAGGGAACAGCGGCAUCGGUUACGAGAUAGCCCAGGCCCUAGCCGGUCGCGGGGGUCGCAUAAUCCUCGCCUGUCGCAACAUGAAGGCCGCCGAGCGGGCCGCCGCCAUCAUCAAGCGGGAGCUUGGCUGUCGCACCCCCUGCUUUCCGGACGACGACACAAAUCCGGCGGACCGCUACUUUGUGGAGGCCCGCUAUCUGGACCUCAACUCGUUCAGGAGUGUCCACCACUUCGCUGGCCAGCUGAUGGCCGACUUCGACCGCGUCGAUGUGCUGGUCAACAAUGCCGGCCUGGUCUUCGCCAACACCCACUUGCCCACUCCGGACGGCUUUGAGCAGCACAGCCAGGUGAACUAUCUGGCUCCGUUUCUGCUGACGCAGCUGCUGUUGCCCCACCUGCAGCGCUCGGAGCAGGGACGCAUUGUGUUCGUCUCGGCCCACGCCCACCAGUCGGCCAAAAUCGAUUUCGAUGAUCCCCUCAAUGUGGGCACGUGGGCGGUGAAGUUCCAUGCCCGCGAUGCCUUUGCCCACUCAAAGCUGGCCAUUCUGCUGGCCACGCGCUGGCUGGCCAGGGAGCUCAAAGGUACCUCGGUCACGGUCAACUGCUGCACGCCCGGACUCGUGCGCGGCACGCGCCACUUUCGCAACUCGCCUCUGAUGUCGUCCAUCUGUGUGAGAGUGGUCACCUUCCCGUGGAUGUGGAUCUUCAUGAAGAACCCGUACGAGGGCGCCCAGUGUGCCAUCCGGCUGGCCACGGAUCCACAGCUGAAGCAAGUCACCGGCGAGUACUUCAAUGACUGCGAAAUUGCGACAAGUUCGGAGGCUGGCCAGGACAAGGAGCUGGCCAAGAAAUUGUAUAUGCAAACCAUAAAAACACUCGAGAGCGUUACCAAACUAACAGUCGACAGGGAGGCGUACGCGGUGGAGCUAGAGCCGGAGCCAGAGCUGAGGCUGGAAACAGCCCCGGAAACGGAAACGAACCAGGCGGAGGACAUGGAGAUGGAGGAGUUGGAGCUGGAAAUGGAAAUGGGGAAGGAGGAGCAGCAGCCGUUGGAGUGAUUUAUGCCUGGCACGCGGCCCGUCGUCUUCGGAGACUGCCACUGCAACGUCUAUUUGCAUUUGGUUUAACAAUUGCCGCAUUAGGCAGCAGCCCAGACUCUGGCCACUUAGGAGAGACUUUUUAUGGGUCUGCAAUUGCAACGGCAACUGCCACCGAAACUAAAGCUAAAGCCAAACCC